AUGACCCAAAGACACAAGAUGAUGAUGAUGAUAAUGAUGACGAUGGUCAGUAGCGGGAGGAGAGACGAGGAUCAAGUAGCCAUAUCUCCAUAAAGGAGAAAGAAAAAGGUACAAAAGCAGAGGGAGGAGUUUCUUUUACAUCUUGCAACUUUGUUUUUGUUGUUUUGUGAUUCAACAGGUGAACAGUGUUUUCUUAUCCUUCAACCCUUUUAGAUCAUUCAUUCAUAUUAAUUCCAGUAUAUUGUAUUUUUUUUUAUAAAUAAAAUUCGUAAGUUAUGAAUCAAGCUGUGAAAUUAUCUAGUGGCACAAAAAUUAUUGGUGAUUAUUUAAAAAAUCUAAUGAUAUCACAAACAUUUGCUGAUGUUGCAUUGUGUUGUAUGAAUGGUCAACGUUUUUUUGCUCAUCGAUUGGUACUAUCAGCAGCGAGUCCUUAUCUUCAGGAAGUACUUUUGUCACAUGAUAAAUUAAUUGGAAAUUACGAUUUCAUAACAAUAAUUCUACCUGAAAUUGAAGCACAUGAUUUAUCAGCCCUCCUUGGUUUCGUUUACACCGGAAGUACAUCAAUACCACCAGAAAGAUUUCAAAGUUUUUUACAAACAGCAAAUGUUCUUAAAAUUCAAAUACCUCCAUUGCCAAUUAUCCUAGACAUUUCAUCUUCAUCAUUGUCAAUAAAUAAUCCAAAAGAUUGCAACAACAAUUGCCUUGAAAAUAAAAAUAAUCACUUGAUCUAUUCAAGUCCAAUUCAAGACUAUCCAGUUGAUGAUUUUUGUUUAAAUUUAAAAAAAACAUCAGUCAUUUCACCGACAGUUAAUUCAAUACCAAAAUGUCAUGUGGCAAAUCGUGUCUCUGCUUCACCGUGGUGUCAGCUAACCGAACCGCAUCAUUUUUCUCGACAACAAAGUAAUGAACUUCAUGACUACUCUUCAAUUGCACCAAUAAACAUAACAGUCGGUCCCUUUACAUCUACUUCAAUCAGCCAUUCACCGAGCAAGGUGGAGUUAGAAAGGUCUUUGAACGUUGGUAAUUCUACAGCCUCUAGCAGAGCAAUAAUAUCAACAGAAAAAGAAUCGAAAUCACAUACAAUUGAAAAAAAAAUACAUGAUCAAAAUGUUGACGGUAAUGAUGGAUCAAAUGAUUCACCAAAAAUAUUAACAGCAUUAUUAAAUCAAUCAACAGUAUCACACUCGGAUUUAUCAAAUCAACAAAAUCAUCAAUAUAAUUGUCAAAUUUGUAAUAAAGAAUUUCGUUCAAAAUCAUCAUUAAAGAUUCAUGAACGUACUCAUUCAGGAAAAAAGCCAUUUCGUUGUUUAGACUGUAGAAAGGAAUUUUCACAGCUUAGAAAUUAUAAAUAUCAUCGUAGUCAACAUGAGGGAACUGGUGAAUAUUCAGCAACUUGUCCAGAGUGUGGUAAAUAUUUUAAUGACAAGGGUUAUCUUGGUUCACACAUGAAAAUUCAUAGAAAUAGAAAAGAAUAUUCAUGUGAAGAAUGUGGAAAAAGUUUUAAUCAACGUGUUGCUUAUAAUAUGCAUGUUAAAAUACACAGUGAUAUUAAACCACAUAGAUGUGAUGAAUGUGGUAAAUCAUUUUCACGUAAGACAUUACUUAAGCAACAUUUUAGAACUCAUUCUGGUGAACGACCUUAUCAAUGUCAUAUUUGUCAUAAGGCAUUUGCUGAUCGAUCAAACAUGACAUUACAUACUAGAUUACACUCGGGUGUAAAACCUUAUCAGUGUGAUAUUUGUUCGAAAUCAUUUACUAAAAAACAUCAUUUAAAAACACAUAUUAAUUAUCAUACUGGCACGAAACCUUAUCAAUGUACUAAUUGUAAAAUGACAUUUUCACAGAGUAGUAAUAUGAGAACUCAUUAUAAAAAAUGUGUUGUUAAUAAACCUUCUGAUAAAAGAGAUAAUGCCAUUGAUAAGGAUCAUGAUAAAAAUAAUAUUAUUCUACGAGAUGUUAAUAGAUUUAUAUUAUAA